AUGACAGAAGAGCUCAGAAAGGUGCUUGCAAGCAAAAUCACAGCUCUUGAAGAAAAGGAAAACGCAGUCUUUGCGACCCUCAAUGCAUAUGUAUCAAGAGGAGACUACACUAGCGUUGCAGAUACAAUUGUUGAAUUGAAGGACAUGUGGCAAGACCUGACAACUGCAAGAGUCACAAAGAUCAUAAAGGCAUUCUUUGAGACGAUUCCAUACUGCGAGGAAAGCUUUGAAGCAAUCCUAAACCUUCUUGAAAGAUUGAUUACAUGGGCUGACAGUGAAGGUAAAAAGAUGCUUAGACUGGAUUUACAAUGCAAGAGAAUAUAUGCUUUGCUAAAGACAGGAAAGUACGUAGACACAAUUGAUCAGGUCGGAGAAGUGAUGCGUGAGCUGAAGAAAUACGAUGACAAAGUAAACUUGAUCACACUACAUGUGUAUGAAAGUAAGGCACUGUAUGAACUCAAGAAUAUAUCAAAGUCAAGAGCAUGUUUGACAUCUGCAAGAGUGCUUGCGGUUUCAGCAUACUGCCCAUCACACCUACAGGCUCAAAUAGACUUACUGAGUGGAAUGUAUAUAUGCGAUGAAAGAAACUACGGAGUGGCUUCUUCAUACUUUAUUGAGGCACUGGAAGGAUUUACAUUAGGAAAGCUAGAUGCGGAAGCAUGUGUUGCACUGAGAUACCUCAUACUAUCAAAGAUCAUGGCAAACAAGUGUGAUGAAGUUGCAGUAGUGUUGAGGAACAAAAGCACAAUGAAUCAUUUAGAUGACAGAACAGUCAAAACACUACUGAACAUAAGUAUUGCAUGCAAAGAUCGUGACUUGAAGACAUACAGCGAUGUUCUUGUUACAAACUCAGAUGUGAUCGGCCAAGAUGCAUUCAUAUAUGCACACAUGCAAUACCUGUACGAUGCUCUGCUUGAGAAGAACAUUGUGAAGAUUGUGGAGCCAUACUCUGUGGUUAGAAUUGAUUUCAUAGCAAGGAUGUUGUGUUUUGAUGUAGAUGUGAUUGAAAAGAAGCUGAGGAAGAUGAUCCUGGAUAAGAUGGUGUGUGGUACACUUGAUCAUAUCAACCAAAGCUUGAUAUUGCAUGAAGUAAAGCCUUUACAUGGCUUUGCAGAAGACUGUGCAAGACACAUUGAGGCAUUGAAUCUAAUAGCAUCCACAAAGUAUUAA